GGUGACGUUUACUACCGGAAUGGAAAGAAAGAUAUGUUUAACGAUACAUAUCUUUUAUUUUUCAUUUUUACAUUGUUAAGUGUGCUAUUGUACUGAAAUGUUAUCAUUAGGAUGUCUAUUUUGUUACGGAGUAUUGUUGGCUGUACUCAUAACAAUCGUGUUUUUCAUAAUAAUAUAUGUGACAAGCGAACGGUAUCCCAAAAUCUCGAGGGAUGAAGGAGAAAAAUUCUUUUUCGACAGUCAGAUGAAGAUAAAGGUGGCAUUCCCUUCAUUACAUGACCCCUGGAGCGUACAACUCAGUGUCAUUGUACCUGCUUACAAUGAAGAACAAAGAUUACCUCCCAUGUUGGACGAAUGUCUGGAGUAUCUGGAAGAACGUAGGAAGUCUGGAUUGACUUAUGAAGUGAUAGUAGUCAGUGAUGGCAGUACAGAUAAGACUGUUGAAGUAGCGCAUCGUUAUGCAUCAAAAUACAGCACUCUAAAAGUAUUAAAUCUUAUAAAAAAUAGAGGGAAAGGUGGAGCUGUAAGACUGGGUAUGCUGAGUGCAAGAGGCAGCGCUUUACUGUUCGCAGAUGCAGAUGGUGCUACCAAGUUUAACGAUUUAAAGAAGUUAGAUGAGAGUCUGAUGAAUGUUUUAGGAUUUGAUUACAUUAACAAACCCGAGAAAACGGCAUCGUCCGAUGCAGUAAUAUGUGGCUCGAGAGCUCAUUUGGAAAAAGAAGAAACAGCCAAACGAUCCUACUUCCGACUCUUUCUUAUGCACGGCUUUCAUUUCUUAGUCUGGCUGUUGUGCGUUAGGGGCAUCAGAGAUACGCAGUGUGGAUUCAAGCUUUUAACGAGAAAAUCAGCGAGAACAAUAUUCGAAGCGCUACAUGUCGAACGCUGGGCAUUUGAUGUAGAAAUGCUUUAUAUUGCACAGACUCUCAACAUUCCCGUGACCGAAAUAGCAGUAAACUGGACGGAGAUCGAGGGCUCCAAGAUCGUACCGUUUUGGAGCUGGUUGCAGAUGGGCAGAGAUCUAUUCUUUAUCUGGCUUAGAUACAGAAUCGGGGCGUGGAAGAUAAAUAAACCUAAAAAUUAGGACUUAAUAUUAAUUAGACUUAAUAUUAACGCAUGAAGUCUGUCUAAAGAUCUUGACUGAACUGUGUCUCCUAUUUCUUUUAUAAAAAUAUUUUUAUAAUGAAAUAUCAUGGAAAUUAUAUAUGAACACAAUGUAUCUAUAUAAAAUUUUAUAUGGCAGUAGUAAUGGAAGGACUUACAUAUAGUAAUGAAUGAGAGUAUUAUCGAUCACUUAAACGUCAUUUAGUUUUAGUGAACUCUAUACUGCUCAUUACAUUAUUUAAAGCCUGGGCAUGAAAAAAAAAGAGAUAGAUUGAUAUAUUUGACAUGCGACACUAGACAAAGAAAGAAAUGAAUACUGAUCAACCUAUUUCUUUUUUUAGGCUUAAUAUAUAAUAACCCUUAUUAAUAGGGUAACAUCUAUGUAACAUU